AUGGAUCCACCAGGCAUUAGAGUGAGGGCAGUACCUGGGCUUGUUGCUGCAGAUAACUUUGUUCCUGCUUAUUCCUUUUGGUCUCUGUUAAUUCAAAAUUUGGCAAAAUUUGGAUAUGAAGGGAAGAACUUGUACAUGACUUCCUAUGACUGGAGACUUUCUUUCCAAAAUACUGAGGAAAUUGCAUGUGAUGAUGUAUGGACUGAACAUGAUGAGAUGAGCAGAGAAAGCACCCAAAAAGUUGCUACAGAAAAGAGAACUUAGAUGAUCCAAAAUAUGCUCAUUACAGAUACUGGUCCAAUCCACUUGAAACCAAGUAAGUAUAGGAAGUUAUGAGAUAUUCAUAAUUUUUAUACUACCAAGUACCAAGUUAUUAUGGGAAAUGUUGCAUUGGUUGAAGAUGUUUUGAGAGUUGCUGCUGGAGCCACUGGUGAAGAUAUU